AUGAUUAAUGCUAAACUUGUUACAUGUGGAUUGUGUCAGAGUUACUAUGCUGAUCCUCGACAGAUUCCCUGUUCACAUUCAUUUUGUUUUGAUUGUAUAUCAGGGCGUUUCAAUGAGGAAACAUUAACAUUAAUAUGUCCAAAAUGUGAAAAGCUUCAUCAAUAUAAAUCAAUAGAGGAAUUUCAUAAUCGAUGUAUGCGUGAUGGAUUUCUGGCAUCAAUGGUAACUCAAUUUAAACGAAGUCAAAGUCGUUCAUCAGCAACACCAUCAGCUUUAUCAUCACGUCCACCAUCUUCAUUUUCACAUACAUCAACAAUUCUUUCAUCAACACCAAUACCUCGUAUACGAGCACAAGAAAUAGAUAUAAAUAAUCAUGAUCAAUCAGGUUCUGAACGUUCAACACCAUCAGUUUUUAAUCAACAAAGACCAUCAUCUGUUGCACAACAAACAACAACACGUGCACUUAUUGCUAAAUGUCAAUCAUGCAAUAUACGAGGAGAAUUAAUUGUAUGUAGUCAUUGUGAUAAUGCUAUUUGUACUAAAUGUGCUGAUGAACAUCAGAGUGUUAUUAAUAGUGAUGUUAAACGAGAAUGGGAUUUAUGUAAAACACAAUUUGAAACAAUUAAUGAGAAAUCAACACGGUUUGAUCAAAAUGAAGAGGAAGUUAAUAAUAAAGCACGUAGUCUACAGACAUUUAUUAGUAAACAAAGUGGUAAAUUAAUACAAACAGUGGAACAUCAUAAAAAUACGUAUAUUGAUAUUAUUGAAAAACAUCUUCGAACUUAUAAACAAUCUUCUGCUCAUGAGCAAGUUGUUGAUGAAUAUGAAUCGAUUGAUAAACGUGUUGGAGAGUUAUUCAAGUCUGCUGAUAUCACUACUGAUAAAAUUAGUGAUUUUUUAUUUGAAAUUGAACAUCUUGAAGGUCGAUUAGAUAGUUUAAAUAAAAUUCUCGAUUCAAGUCAAUUAAAAUUUCCUUUACUCACAUUACCUGAACAAGUCAAUAUAUCAUCACUUUUUGGUACUCUUCAAUUUGCUCAAUUAAAUACUGAAUCACCUACAUGUGAUCAAUAUUCCUUACCAAUUACAAAUGGUUAUUAUGAUUCACAAAUAAAAUCUGAAGAUGAAGAUUAUGUUGUUAUUGGUUCAUCAAAUCAUAAUCAUUUCAAAAAUAUUUUAUCAAAUCCAAUCGAACAACUUUCAUCAUUAUCAUCUAUUUCAAAUAUACCAAAAAAAAAACUUUUAUGGCAAAUUGAUUAUUUUUCUGUUCCAUAUUAUGUUCGGACAUAUGGAAAUCAAUUAUUUAUUUGUGAUAAAUAUGGUUCAUUAGCAAUAUACAAAUUAAGUAAAGCUAAUGAUAUUCGACAAAAACCAAGUUUAGUUCGUGAAAUAAAAUUAUUUAAAGAUUUUUCAACAUUAACGGCAACUGAUGAUGAUCAAACAAUAAUUGAUUCAUUUGUUGUUUAUAAAUUAUGGAUCAUUGUAUUUAAACGUAAAAAAAAUGAAUUACAUGGUACUAUUUAUUUAUUUACACAUGAUGGUAAACCGAUACACAAAGGUAAAUGUAUACAUAAUUACCCAUCACGUGAAUUAACAAUGGAUACAGAAAAAAAUAUACUAUGGUCAUUAGAUCAAAAACAACUUUGCCUUUUUUAUUAUGUUUUACCGGAUACAGAACCAACUAAUCAUGAAGAAUAUUUUCAGAAUCGUCAUUCACAUGUACAAUUUUCUAAACCAUUCGCACCAAUACAUAUAUCUGUUAAUAAAAAUGCUUUAGCUGUCUUAGAUAAAAAUCGACAAGCUGUACAUGUUUAUGAUAAAAAAACUAAACAAGAAUUAUAUGAACAUGUUAAUAUAUAUGGUAAUUCAACACAUUUUUGUUGGGAUAUGGCAUUAUUUUCUGAUAAUAGUUUACUUAUAAAACUUGAUGAAAUGAGUACAUUAAAAUCUGGACCAUCAAAACAUAUCUAUUUACAACUUGAUACAACAAAAAAACAUAAUAUUAUUGGAACAAUUGAAGAAACCGAUGCAUAUGGAAUGAUGAUCACGACAACAGAUGAAAUUCUUAUUGGUGUUAGAAUAAAUACAAAAGGCAUUGUCAAAUGUUAUAUUUAA